ACCAUAAAUACAAUUCUCACAAAACAACACAACGUCUACAUUCCAAUUUAGGAAAGAAACCCAUAAUACCCAAAUACAACACCUAUACCAUACAAGGCAUAAUGCAAAUGUUUAGAGAAAUCAUGCAUCGUUCACCAGCCUUGAAAUUCCAAAGCCGAUUAUUCUCCAACAGAAGCAAAACCCAGUUGGCCAAACGUGUGAUUAAACCCACAUGUGAUGUUUUCCUUAACCAUAGAGGGAUUGACACAAAGCGAACAAUAGCCACUUUGCUCUAUGAUUAUCUUUCCAGGUUUAACCUACGUCCUUUCUUGGACAACAAAACUAUGAAGCCAGGAGACAAAUUAUUUGAAAAGAUUGAUAGUGCAAUACAUGGCUGCAAGGUAGGCGUAGCAAUGUUUUCGCCUAAUUACUGUCAGUCGUACUUUUGUCUUCAUGAACUGGCUCUAAUCAUGGAGACCAAGAAGAAGGUCAUACCUAUAUUUUGUGACAUUAAGCCUUCUCAACUACGUGUUCCAAGAAAUGUAGUAUCUGACAAGAAGGAACUUCGGAGGUUUAACUGGGCUCUUGAUGAGGCUAAGAACACCGUGGGUCUUACCUUUGACUCCUACAAGGGGAACUUGUCAGAAGUUGUAACAAGUGCUUCAGAAAUUGUGAUCAAGAGCUUGAUAGAGCUUGAGAAUGAAGAGCGUUUGAUGUAUAAAAAUUUCAGCUCUCCUAAUAAAACACCAGUACCAUUGAUGCCAACCAAAUCAAUAUUGAAGGAAUAUUGAAAUGAUACACUGAUCGAUAACUGGUCCUUCAUUAACUUUUUUAGUUCUGCAUCAUUUCUGUUGAUCUAAUGUCCAUUUUUUAGCUUUUGCUAAUUGCUUCAUUUGUUUGUUUGUAAAAGGGAACCACAUGUUAGAUGCUAACACAAAGUACUGCAAAUUCUUUCCAAUGUUGGUGUAAAAAAUAAAGGAAUAUGUGUCCAAUAAGAAUAUGU